GACGUGAGCCGUUCAAAUUCGAAAUUCGAUCUGUUACGACGUCUUUUGUGUUGUGAAAAGAAAGUGGUUUUCGAAAAAUUUGAAUCAAUACACCAUGGACGACUGACUUCAACAGCUUGUGUUAAUUAAAAAUAUUUAGUGUUUUAAUAAGACUGAUAGUGUAAAAAUAGCGGUAUGAAAAUGGAGUUCAAGACACACUUUUUAGCAACAGUAACAUUAGUAAUCUUUGCGGCAUCAUAUUGCAAUGGCGCCAGGGACGCAUCCUGCCCACGUAUUUGUGGGCCAGCGCUUCAGGGCGAGCCAGUUUGCGCCACCGAUGGCUACAUCUACCCCUCCCUCUGUGAGAUGCGGAAGAAGACUUGUGGAAAAGGUGUGAGAUUGGCCCAAGACCAAGGUUCGUGCUCUAGGGCGCAGGGCUCUAAAUGUGAACACCGCUGUACUGGUGAACGAGAUCCUGUUUGUGGUACCAAUGGCAGAACGUACUUAAAUCGAUGCAUGCUGCAGGUUGAAAUAUGCAGAGUUGGCAUCGGCCUCUCCCACUUGGGUGCAUGCAAUAACAUAAGCGCACAUCGAGAGAACUGCCCCGUAGAUUGUUCACAGGCUCCGUUGGACGGGCCGAUUUGUGGUUCUGAUGGGAACGUAUACAAAAGCACGUGUCAAAUGAAGCUGCUUACAUGCGGACAAGGAGUUGUAAGGACUAAUAAGAAGCACUGCCAAACAACGCGUCACUGCCGAGAGUCUUGCUGGAGAGCAUCCCGACCCACAUGCGGGUCUGAUGGGAAACUGUAUGCCAACGCUUGCAGGAUGAAGGCUACUAAUUGCGGUAAACACGUCUUUGAAGUACCCAUGGCGUUUUGCGUAUCACAAGAAAGGACAUCUGGAGGUGAUUCCUGCCCUACUGACUGUUCUGGGCAAAGGGAGAAGUUGGUUUGUGGUUCAGACGAAAACAUUUACAGAAAUGAUUGCGAAAUGAAAAUGCUUAACUGCGGAGCAAGCAACAGGAAGAUAGUGAAGAAAGUUGAUAUGGAGAAGUGCAAGGGUAAGAUGAGCAAGUGUUUGAAAGUGAAGUGCCCCUCCGAGACUGAUCCUGUUUGCGGCACUGAUGCUAACGUGUACCCCAACCCAUGCCUGUUGAAGGUCGCUACUUGCCUUAAAGGAGUCCAGCUGGCCCACUUCGGUAAUUGCACAUUACUACCACGUAUGGAAACAGAUUGUUUGGACAACUGUGACAACGCUGUCGAACAACCUGUUUGUGGAUCGGAUGGCAACGUUUAUAAAUCUGAAUGUGAACUACGUAAGUUAACUUGCGGACAGCACGUGGUGUCUGUGGCAGCUGCUCACUGCAGAACAACCGCGCUCUGCCACGAAGAUUGUCCAGAUACACCAGCGUUUGUGUGCGGUUCAGAUAACCGGUUUUAUAAGAACGAGUGUAUCAUGAAGAAGGAGAACUGCGGAAAGCACGUGUUCGUAGUACCACUGAAGCGGUGCCUGGCACGCUUCCAGUACUCCGGCUGUGCGCGAGUCUGCCCACCUGAAUACGACCCAGUGUGCGGCACAGAUGAUAAGACUUACUCAAACAAAUGCUUCUUGGAGAUGGAAAACUGCCGUUCAAGGAGUCUUGUCCAACUGAAACAUCUGGGCACGUGCACAGAACCUAUCGCCGAGGAACCGAAAAAUUAUCUUUACCGAUAGACUAAGAAUAUAUACGUCUAGUUUUAAAUAAUUAAAGUCAUAUCAACGUAUUUCGCUUUCACAUAUCGAUGCAUUUUGGACAUAGAGUCCUAUAAAUUAGUGCCAACAUUAAGUAAAAUAUAGGCUAACUUAAUUGUAGAGACCAAUACUAAAACGUCUUCCAUUUUCGAUUUAUGUCAUGUCAGUGACUUGUUUUUAUUGUAAGUACAAAUUCAAGAUGGCAUCGAGAAUAUGACGUCACAUAAUGGUGUCUCAAUCGGAUAAUAAGAAAAGUGAUAUUAAUAGAUAUGUGUGGAAUUGAGUAGGUUGUUUGAAAUAGUAAAAUUGUCAAUACUUUAUUUAUUUUCUACUUUUUAAUGUAUUAAGGGACUUCUAAAUUUUAGAAUAGGAUCCAUAAGAAGUCUUCGUUCGGGAACUUAUGUCAAAUGCGGCAACAUAGCUGUGUUCCAUAAGAACGUGCUAGCAUAUAGAUCCCUCAGGACCUAUGAGUGUUGCGAGAUGUCUAGCUAUAAUCGGUGACAAACAGGAAAAUCUUCGUGGCGUUUCAUGACAUACGGUAUAUGCUCUCUACGCAAGUUACGCUUGAAUAAAAGAGCAUUCUCAGAUGUAGAGUUUGCAAUGGUUACUUUAUCGACUUCUGCAGAUUAGAUAUAACAAAUUAAGUUCAAUGUUCGUUAUAUCAAUACUAAUAUGUGAGACUGAAGCCUAGCUGUGAGAAUGAGUGUCCUUCCUUUAUCACGUUACUACACUUAAACUGUUCAUACCGAGGUGUCUCGCACAUUUUUAUUGGAAAGGCAGUCUUCAAAAGAAUACAAAAACGCACCACAAAUAUUGUUUUCUCGAGCUACUUUCUUAGCUGUUUUGAAUAGUAAAAGUGGUAGAAAUUAGCUUAUUAUAAAUUAUUUGACGAUAAAAAAUUCUUAUUUCUGCAUGAAAUAUAAAUAAAAUUUGGCGAAGUCGACGAAGCGAAACUCCGAUUCCGAUAAAUAUAUAAAUGGUGACGAAAAACACAAUGAUGUAUCGAAAAUGAUGAUUAAAAUUAGUAAUUAAUUAUUAUAGUCCGCCCUUGCAUUUAUAUUCACACUUUUAUUUAACUUUAAAUAAAAUUGUUACUCUAUAAUUAGCGUUUAGAUAGGUACCAACCUAAGUUUUGACUGCUUUAUUUAUUUCUAUUUAUUGUCUGAAUAGUUAGGAACGUGUAAAUAAAAGCUAGUGGUUUAUUGCGCAAUCUUUCAUCUCACAUUUCAUUUUAUAUUAUAGAUCAGUGACAAAUGAAAAAAAUGUUUAUAAUGUAACUUGAACUAAGAUGUGUGAAAUUUACUUAUAACCUUUCUUAUACUUAUUGUAUAUUUGCUAUAAUUUUAAUUGAUUAUUAUUCUUUAUGAAAGCC